CCGAAUGCUGGUUAGAUACACAAUUGUGUUCAAGAGACAAUUAGGGAUUAGCCGAGCCUGAAGAAAAAAGUUACCAUCCUAAUUCAGACCAAAAACUUAAUUUUAGGCCAAUUUACUCUCCUCAGACAAGUUUAUGGGCAAAUUGACCAUAUGAAAACCAUAAUUUUCCGUCAUUUCCAAUUUCCCAUGAUUUUUCUUGCAUCAGCACAAAAACAAAAACCCAAUAAAACCAAAGCAGAUUCCACCAUUGCCAUGGCACUCGACAUGACAUCCUUCGAAACCAUAAUCCCCUCUCGUUUUCUCUCCUUCACUAUCCCUCAUCCCACUCUCCCCAACCUACUCCUCCGUGUUGCCAUCCUCGACUCACCCAUUCAAUCCACUGAGUCACCCAGAGUCGCGGCUCUUUUUGUCCCUCAAAACCGCGAAUCAGACUGGGUUUUCUCCACUGAGUCCGGUCAUCUCCAGCUUCUCCUCUCUUCUCCUGGAAUCUCACGGCUCAUAUUGAUCGGUAAGAAUCCAGUUAAUGAUGCUCCUGAUUCACUGUUGAUUUCUUAUAAGAAAAAUGGAGAUAGCCAGUUUGUAAAUAGCCUUGUACACAGCUUAAGACCUCUUUUUGUUGGUUUCUCUCCUAAAACUUGUGUUAAAGAUAGGAUAUUUGAUGUACCCAUUUUGGAUUAUGAAGAUAAUUUGAUUUGUAGUGUGGUUUUAGAGAGAUGCAGUGGGGUAUUUGUUGGUGAAAUGCUUAUUCAAGAUGUUGAGAUAGAGACUAAUAAUGAAUUGGAUGAUGAUGUUUGCAGAAAACGAGAGUUUAGGAGGAGAUUGAGGUUUAAAAGAAUGCCAAACUUGAUUCAAACAGAGAUUAGAAUUGUGCCUGUAACAGGUUUUAUUUCGGAUUCUGUUACAAUUGGUGGAGAAGUGAAGUUUAGGCCUGAUGUUGGAACUUUAGUGCAUCCAUACUUCACACCAAUGGUAGCUAGUUUGUCUUUGGUUGGUUGCCACAUUAAUGAUAGGAUUCAAAAUGGGUUAAAGCCUAAAGCUUUGUGUUUAGGAGUUGGGGGUGGGGCUCUCCUCAGUUUUUUGAGAACCCAGUUGGGUUUUGAAGUUUUUGGUGUGGAAAUGGAUGAUGAGGUUUUCAGGGUAGCAAGGCAGUAUUUUGGACUCGAAAACAGUGAAAUCCAGGUUUUCAUUGGAGAUGCAAUGGAGUAUUUAGAGACAUUCGCUAGUCGAGGAAGUUCCUCAAAUUUGGUUUGCAAUAAAAUUGAGGAAGAUUAUGUGAACCAUUCAAUUAGUUUUGACCCAAAGUUUGAUGUUAUUAUGGUUGAUUUGGAUUCCAAUGAUCCCACCACUGGUAUUAGUGCUCCACCAUUGGAGUUAAUUCAGAGGCAUGUGCUAUCAGCUCUGCAUUCUAUUAUUUGUGAUUAUGGAAUUCUUAUUAUGAAUGUGAUUCCUCCAAGUAGACCUUUUUUUGAUACAUUAGUAAGUAAACUUCAGGAGUUUUUCCACGAGUUAUUUGAAAUUGAUGUUGGAAAUGGAGAGAAUACUGUUCUUGUUGCAAAAAAGUCACCUGUUUUAUCUUCUGCCAGUUGCUGCCAAAAUACUUUUCUUAAGAAAUUAAAGCAGAUGAUAUUGGGAAAGUACUUAGAUUCCAUAAAGAAAAUUGACCCUAGUGGUGAAUAGAGGUUGAGGAAUUAUAUUGUGAAGAUCUUCAUUCAAUGGUAUAUAUGCUUCUAUGGACAAUAUAAGCAUUCAAUCUGUUUUGAAGUAAUUUCUUCUCUAGAUCUACUCAAAGCAAGCAUUGGAGAAAGUUGUAUGCAUCUUAUGGGGACCAGUUGCCAGGUAAUGGAACAGUCCAGAGGUACCUCUCAUUACUUCUUUUAUUAUUUAUUGUUCUAAGUCUUGAUAAGUCGGAUCGAAGUCAAUAAUUGCCUCUUAGAAAGAACUCAUUUGGUUUAUCAUGUUAACAAAUAGUGUUCUGAUAAAAUUGCUUGGAAAUUAUACGUAGAGUUUUCAUUCUUUAUGUGAAACAUUGUAAAAUUUUCUUUUGAACAUGUAUGCAGAAGUUACUUUUACUUUCUGUAGCUUUUAGAUUAAUGAGCAAUUGGCACUUCAUGCACUUGUAAUGAAGCUUAUAGACUUCCAAUGAAUAAUCUUCUUCCAAAGCUUCACUAGGUGAUAGAGUUUUUCUAUAUCGUUGUUGAAUUCGUUUUAUCUGCAGGUUACAAUAUGCUUAUGUGCAGUAAGAGAGUGUUGAUUUUAACUUGGGAAAACAGCUGAAAUUGCUAUGAACUUCAACAGGCAUUCCUUAUGAUCAAAAUAUUCUAUUUCUAUUAAAACUUUCAUUUUUUAGCUGAAUAUGACCAUAUGAUUGUCUUGCCUUGUCCCUUUUCUUCUGCCACAUUAUGGUGUAUGACUACUUUCAUUGGUAAUUUACAUGAUUAAGCUGUGAACUUUUGUGUUAUUGAAGCUAAAGAAUGAUUUGUUAAUUGUCUCAGUUUUCCAGCAUAAGCAUGUAUUACUUUAUCUUUAAUAUUAUUGUGUGCUUCUUAAUAAGUAGGCUGUUUUGCUUGUAUUUUGCGUUAAGCCUCCUUAUCUUCCCUUGUAAAGAGUCUGAACCUAAUUCAACUGUGCUCUGAACUUAACCAAAUUUUAAAUACAUAAGAUUAGUUCCAUGGAACACCCUGGCUUAGGCCUAGGAUUUCCGUUGGGAAGUGUUAGGCAUAAAUCCUGUUGGGAAUAAAAUGGCAGGGUAGGGGAAAAGAGGGGACCUUCCCAUUGUUGUGUAGAUCAUGUGGCAUAUUCAGAAAAAGAAGAAACUAAGAUUAGGACUGAACUUUUAAUACUUAUUAUUAUUGCAAUUGCUACAAGUAUCCCAUUUGAAAUAAGAUGAUAAUCCAACACAUGCUAUUCAGCUGCAACUCACUAAAUUUGAGUAUUUAGGAAACUUUAUUGCCUCCCUAAAAUGCUAUUAGCUGGUCCAUAAGUGAGUCAGAACUCAAUAUUACAACAAGAAAAUAGCUGCUUUUCUAGAAGAGGUCAAACAAUAGCUAAACAUCUGCCGCAAAAUUUCAAUCUUCAUGAACAUCAGAUUCUUGUAUUACCUGAAUGAAGAAAAUAAGAGAGACAAAAAGAAAACAAAAAGCUUUUUGCAACAAUUUUAUGUAUAAAAUUUUGACAUUCAUUGGGUUUUUUCACUGGUUGUACUCAGGAUGAGUUUCUUCUGAGAUCAUAUUUCUUGUUUCUUCACUGGUUAUAUUCAGAAUGGGUAUCCCAUGGUAAUGAUAUAGUUCUAAGUUCCUGUGCUUCAGCUCACAAGAUUUGAUCAAUUCAUUUUAUCUCAUUGUUUUUUCAGGUUUCCUAAUUGAUGAAUGCGACGGACAAAGACCAGUUGUCUGUAUGUGAUCUUUGGUACCAGUUAAGAUGUAAGAGAAAAGAUUUUGAAAUGUAAACUAUUAUUGCCAAAGUGUUUGCUUCUACCUGGUAUGAUCUGCUCUUUUUCAGUAACCUGGAGGAACCAUCUCUUAGGGCAUUCACAAUAGUGCUCUUUAUUUAAAAAAAAAAUCAUUUUUAUAGUAAAGAGUAUCUUAAGAAAUAUUCAAAUAUAAAUAUUAAAAUUAUAUUUAAGUCCAAUGGACUCCUUAUAUUUUACUCUUUAUUUCUAUAAGUAUUAAUGGUUUUAAGUUUUUUUCCUUUUCUUUUUAAUUUUUACAAACUUGCAGUACAUUUAUUAAAUUUAAAAUAGAGAGUGAAGUUUGGCUUUCCAAAUAUAGAGAGCCAAACCAACUCUCUACUUUAUAUUUAAAGAAUAAAGAGUUCAUGGUAGUCUUAUAUUAUGAGAUAAUUCUUUAAAAUAGAGAGUUUGACAUAUAUAAAGAGCACUGGAGAUGCUCUUUGCCGCUUAGCUUUAAAUUACUUUGCUUAACCUGUCAUUUUGUUAAGGUUACUGUUGCAUACGCUGGAGGCUGGCUGCAUUGAAGAGUUUUUCUUGCAUAUUUCUGUAUUUUUUUCCUUUCCUUCUUUCUUGCUGAAAUCAAAUUAAGCCCAAAACAUUUGUUCAAAAUAAAAAAGGCUAUGAGAAAAUGCUUGACACUAGAUGUUGCAUGCAAUUCAUGGUGAAUCAAUUCUUGCAAUCUAUCUUCGAGACUUUUGUAUAAUAUGGGCUCUGUCUAUUUAGACUGCUACUAUAGUUUCUGCAUGUCUUGUAAAUGACAUUAGCUGGCAUAUUUAUACUUUAUAGUUAAGUUUGUAUAUUAUUCUGUGUUUUACUUUCUGUUUUGAACUCAUUUUGGCCAUGCUGUUCUUUUGGCAAUGGAUUAUCCUUUGAGAUGUCUUUGUCAUCUUCAGUGACUACCACAACUGUGUCAAAUUUAGUGGAACUUGGUGUUGGCACUAAUUUAGCUUGUUCAUUCAUCUCCUUGCCCUUACCCCAAAGCACCAUGUAUAGUCCACACACAAUUAAUCCUGCUCCUAAUAUGCUGUCAUUAGCAAGAAAUUGGGAUUAAAAUAUCAAAUAUGCAGCUUAAUAUUAUUCUCUUGCUUUGAGCUUGAAUUGUUUGAUAAAUCUUAGUAACUGUUAAGGAAAAAUAAAAAUGAAUGAAGGAUACCUUCCUAUGUGCAGCUUUUCUUCUAGUAGCAAAGACUCCAUAAUGGCUGUGAGCAGAAGCGAUAGAGGAUUAAAAUUAGCCACAAAUACUGGGUCUCUCACAUGCACACACCAAGCAAUGAGGAUCACAACCACUCCAGAAAUCAUAAUCCCCUGGAGAACCAAACCCAGUAAUAAUUGCAAUUUAAUGUCAGCAGACUAGUAAAAACUCAGCUUGCUAAUCUUUAUGCGGCAAAAGAGUGUACCAACAGUUGCAAAAACAUCAAUCAAACAGGUUUGAAAAAGGAUCUUAGUGUGUCUAAGGUGGGGCCAGGAGGGUCUGGUCCCUUAACGCCUUCCUUUUUCUUCUCAUCGGAGUUAUUUCAAAAAGACUUGCCGCGGUAAGGAAGAAGGGGAGAACAAGCACACUUGGAGAGCGCAGUACAACGAAGAAUUGUAUGCUGCGUUCGGGAAGGAUGAAUCGCACCCGAAAAGGAAUCUAUUGAUUCGCUCCCAAUCGGUUGAGUGUUGGGAAUUUGUAUUUAGUGGUAGCAAUGUUGUUUGUAAACGAAUAUAUUUUUUGAAUAUGUUCCCUAAAAACUAAUGAACUGCCAAUCCAUAUUGCAGAUUGCAGGUACAAGGUUUGAGCACCACAUAACUUUAUCUUGCAGGUUACAUUCCACAAAAGAUUUUGUUUAGUUACAAUUAUGUAGCUGGAAUAAGUUUUGGGGCAUUGAGGAUAGACAAUUACUAUAUUGGGUGAAUGCAUAUACAUUGCUAUUAUGAGAACUGUGCAGAUGAUAUAUUGACAAUGGAAUUAACAGUUUGAUUCUUGACAGCAA